UAUGCCCCUGUUCGGUUACCUGCAUUGUAAAUUUAUACACACAAUGUCAUUUAAGGAAUACGGAGGAGUAUCAGAUUAGAAUAUUGUACGUGUGCUUAUUAUACACACUAAUGCAAUUUGACUAUUUUAAUUAGACUAUCCAUCUAGCCUUACCCCCUCCAACUAAAUCAAUCCUAGAUAAAGCCCAUUCUAGCCUUACCCCCUCCGACUAAAUCAAUCCUAGAUAAAACUCAUUCUAUCAAAAAGGCCUAUCUUUGUUGUAUCCUAUAUUGUUAUCUAAGAUUAUUUUAUAUGGUUAACCGAACGGGCACUAUAAAUAUAGAUUCAAUGCCAAUCCAUCUUUCCUCACAAACUACGGCUUCUUCUCUCACGAGCUUUUCUUCGCUUCUCGUUUCAAAAAUAAAAAAUAAAAAUCCAUUAAAACAAAAGCACAAAAUGUGCCCAACGGGAAGCGAACUUUCCAGAACCGUCGAGAAAUCGAAUCUCCGCUCGGCGUUCGACGUCCUCGACGCCGACGCCGACGGGCGGAUCAGCCACGCCGAUCUCCGCGCCUUCUACGGCGGGAUCUCCGGCUCCGACGACGACGUGAUCGGCUCCAUGAUCUCCGCCGCUGACUCCAAUCGCGACGGAUUCGUCGAAUACGAGGAAUUCCGGAGGGUUUUGGGCGGCGGGAAGAGGAGAGGGGGAGUCAACGCCGCGAUGGAAGAGGCGUUUCGGGUGAUGGAUAAGGAUGGGGAUGGGAAGGUGGGGAUGGAGGAUUUGAAGGUGUAUUUGGAAUGGGCCGGGCUGGAGGCCCGGGAUGAGGAUGUGCUGGCAAUGAUUCGGUUGGGCGGCGGCGAUGAGAGCGGCGGCGUUACGUUUGAGGGUUUGCUUAAAAUUCUGGCGGUUUGAAAAUUUCCUUUUUUGAUGGUGAUCAAAAAUUGAAAAUAAAAAAGUGUAACUUUUUUUCUCUCUCUUUUUCGGUGUUUGAAAUUAAUUUAAGGUCUGUUGGGUUUUAAUUAUACGUGAUUUUAAUGAGAACGAAAUGUUGUGGCA